CAGUCGUUUACCUCGCCAACAAGCCAAAAAGUUACAGGGAGCAGUGCCAACCUGCGACGGCUACGAAAUAGGCUACGAAAUAGAAAAAAAGACCCGUAUGUCCACGCCUACAACAUCUGAGUAACUUUGACCAUUUCAAUGCUGUUGCGAUGACUGGCCGCAAAAAGUGCUGAGUGGCAGACUGCAGCUGCAUGUGAACGCGGAGAACAUCAGCAGGCUUCGUCAAAACUUGACAGGACGCCAUGGACACACUUCCCAGCAUCCCCUCUGAGGAGCCCAGGGUGAAGAGAGACUUUGACCAGAUGGUGUUCGUCAACAGAAACCUGACGCUGGAAACCAUCCGAUGCUAUGGAUUUGACAUGGACUACACGAUGGCCAUGUAUAAGUCUCCCGACUACGAGAGCCUGGGCUUUGAGCUGCUAAGGGACCGAAUGGUGUCUGUCGGAUACCCUCAUGAGCUUUUGCGCUACACAUACGACCCCAGCUUCCCAACUCGUGGUUUAGUGAUUGACACCAAAUACGGGAACCUCCUGAAGGUGGAUUCAAACGGGAAUAUUUUAGUCUGCAGUCAUGCCUUCGGCUUACUAAAUGGAGUAGAAAUUCAAAAAUACUACCCCAACAAGUUCAUCCAAAGAGAUGACACCGACCGCUUCUACAUCCUCAACACUCUCUUCAACCUCUCAGAGACGUACCUCUACACCUGCCUUGUGGACUUCUUCACUAGAUGCCCCAGAUACACAAACCUCGAGAAAGGUUUCCAGCACGGCGAUUUGUUUAUGUCCUACAGAAGCAUGUUCCAGGAUCUUCGAGAUGCGAUGGACUUCAUCCACGAUACGGGAGCCCUAAAGGGACACACUGUCAAGAAUUUGGAGAAAUAUGUUAUCAAAGAUCCAAAUCUCCCUGUACUCCUAACCCGACUUAAAGUGAUGGCCAAGGUCUUCCUCGCCACCAACAGUGACUACAACUACACUGAGGCUAUCAUGAAAUACCUCCUUGACAGUAAUGUUAAGUCUGGAAGUCAAAAGGAGUCAUGGCGCUCCUACUUCGACCUCAUCGUGGUGGACACUAAAAAGCCUCUGUUCUUUGGAGAGGGGACAGUGCUGAGACAAGUGGACACGAACACAGGAAAGCUUCGGAUUGGGACGUACACCGGAGACCUCCAGCAUGGAACAGUUUACUCCGGAGGCUCUUCAGACCUCAUCAGCGACCUGCUGGAGGUCAAAGGUAAAGACAUCCUUUACGUUGGCGACCACAUCUUUGGUGACAUCCUAAAAUCUAAGAAGCGUCAGGGCUGGAAGACUUUCCUGGUCGUACCAGAGCUCAACAAAGAGCUGCAAAUCCGGGUCAAGAAGCAGAGUAUGUUUGAAGAGCUGAAACGUCUCGACUUCUUCUUAGCUGAACUUUACAAGUCGUCUGCAGGCACAUGGACAACGGCAGUCAGCACUGUCCUGACAUCAUUGCCAUUCAGGACAGAAUGAAAGUGAGCUUUAUGUAUUCAAACACAUUUUUCUUACAUUACACAUCUACAUCUUUUAAUUCUUCAAGUUUUUUCCGUUAGUUUUACACAGAUUAAGGACAUGGAUGCACCACGUUGUUAAUGCAGUUGCUACUGCAUUGGAGGUUCAAAUAAAACAGCAACAUUGGCUUUAGAAAUACUUACACACAUUUAGGCUUUAUUUGGAUGACCGAUAUAUAGAUUUGGUUAUCUUAAUAAAAGCCCAGAUCUAUGCGUUGAACAUUUCAGUAAUCUAUAAUCAUAAACAACAUGUGAAAGAAAGGGUUGGUAUUUGUACACUGCAACAGAAUAAUAACUCCAAAAAGAUUCUUAGCCUAACGAUAGUUUUGUAAUGUCAAAAGUGAAAUAAUCCUGCAUACUUGUUCGUGCACGUUUAAGACCAGAACAAUAUUCAAAGAACUUUGAGGAUUAUUGCAUGCAACAAAAUCCCAAACCACGAUGACUCGUAUGAUAGGCAUUUGUGUUUCAGACUUGUUAUGGCACUCUAUCCAGGUGUUUCUGCUGAUGUUGUUUGUGUUUGCAGGUGCUGACUCACAGAAUGGACAUGUCUUACGGUCAGAUGGGCAGCCUCCUGCGCAGCGGCUCCAGACAGACGCUGUUUGCCAGCCAGCUGAUGCGUUACGCAGAUCUUUACGCCUCCACCUGCCUCAACCUGCUGCACUACCCCUUCAAUUACCUCUUCAUGGCUCCUCCAGUCCUGGUCAGUCCUCACACAUACUUACACCUACUCAGAUAACGAGUCAUACUCUUAUUAAUGAGCUAUUUUCAUGUCGCACUUUUCAUGCAAAAGAUGCAGCUAUAAGUGCAUUAUCAUUGUCUUUAUAAAAAUGCAACACAUUAAAACAAGGAAAAAUAUGGCAAUGAAAAGAGAGUAUUUUCAAAAUGAGAGAAUAAGUCAAAAGUAUAUUAUGAAAUUAAUUAUAAGCCAAUAAAUAUGUUUUCAGUUUUCCUUUAAAAUAUUCACAACCCCCACAUCUUGUAUAGCUCUUAGUAGGGUAUUACAUAAUUUUGAAGCACAAUUGUAAAAGUAGUGUGGCCUAUUUUCUUGCAGUUAAUUGUUUAUGUUUAGAAUCCCAGCAGUGGCAGAAGGAUUAUAAAAGGAAUGUCUCCAAUGUAGCCGGUGUAAACCUUUUAAAUCUUUCAAAACAAGUAAAAUGGCCUCAAAAUGUGUCAAAUAAAGAUACGUGGAACAAUGCCAUAACAUAAUGUAUAUUCCUGCAUCCUUACAUAGCUGUGUUUUGGAAAUGCUUCUUGAUCACCCUCUUUGUGUGUUGUAAAAUGAUGUUUUUUAAUAGUUUUUCAUCUGUUACAUCUCAUAUAACUGAACUCUCUCAGAUGCCCCAUGAAACUGUGUCACAACAAUCGACUGAUUUUGCUUCAACGGAACUCACCGUCACCAACAACAUUGUCAAGCUCACCAUAAACUAAGGGUAUUAUUAUUAAAUAUGAUGCAGUAUGACAUACGUGAUUUUUUACUGAACUCCAUUGAUGGUUUAUAACAUUUCUCUCUUCCUGGCAGUGAUAAGGACAGCUGUGAUGUUUCAUAAGAAGAGAUACAGAGUACACUCUGUAUUUCAUGGACUCUGAUUAGAGUGACUGUUUGCACCUGAGCUUAUAUAAAGAGUUCGAUGCAGCCUUGAAGUGACUCCUUUACAAAGAAAACAAAGGUAUUGCCCCACCUAGUGGAUAUGAAGUGCUAUGCCAUGCAACAAGAUUUUAGGGUCCAAAGCAAAAGGGGUUACUGACUGUGUGUGUUUGUUUGUAUGUAUAUGUAGUGUUUAACAAUUGUUACAUGUAGUGCUGCAUCUGCAUCUUUAAUUAUUUUGAGAAGUAAGUAUCUAUGCGUUGUUUCUGCAGCCUCUGCUGAACCAUUUCAAUAAAUCCUUUAUAUCAUUUGUUUUCAUCAGUUUUAUUUAACUUGAUAGUAUAUGUUUAUUAGAGAACUGGCAGACAGACAUUUCCCAUACGGGCUAUUUUUUUGUUAAGAAGUAGUUCCAAUGGAGAUUGCUCCCAAAAAAGUAAACUCAGAGUAACUAGGGGUCCUGGAAAUAAACAUUGCUGUUGCGCUUUUCCUUUUUAAAGACCCUGUGGGCACCAAAAAAUACUUAAAUAUUGUUAUAUAUUUGGCAUAAAUCUCAGAAACACUCAAAAUAAAACCCAGGCAAAAGGAAGCAGAACAAAACAUACAACAUUAUGUUUUAUUAUCUGGGUAAGGUGGCCCUUUAAAGCUUUCCUUUUUGUAUUGCAUCUGUUGUCCAUGUGAUGGCAGUGAAUCACCAACAGACUCAGGUCCUGUAUGUGUGUGUCAGGUGUUGUGUGUGCCUGCUAGCUAGCCUAAUAACUGAAUACUGCAUGCUAAAUAUUUUAUUUGACAAAACAAUGAUCCAUCUUUUUCUUCUCAAUGACAUGAAUCAAUGUUUUACCAAUUAAAUUCAGUAAGAAAACUGCUGCAUGUUUUUGUAUAUAUCCCCUCCUAAUGAAAACUAAUCUUAUUUUGCUGUUGUCAUAGUGGAAACACACACCUGUGCAGUUCUAUAAUACACACAAUCUGUAUCUUCCUCUUGCCCUCUCCUCGGUUCUGAUAGUCCUGCUCCCACGGGAGGCAAACCUUUAUCAAGAGAGAGCUCAGAGGAAUGUGUUGUCUCUCUCACACACACACUGUUUAUCUGCCUCAAAGUAUAUCAGUUAUGUGAUCAUAUAUAAGAGGGAAAUGAUUCAUUGACGGUGUUUCUUGCAGUUUAUUCUGUUCUCCUGCAUUGCUUCUAUCCAGAGCACAACAUUUAGAUUGAGGAGCACCUAUAAGGAGGCCUUCACAUGGAUCAUAUAAUCUAUUAAUAGUCCAGCUGUUACACUUUCUAAUAAAACAUUACAUGCAUAUCCAAAUCAGGAGCCACCCCACUUUCUGGCACCUCCUCACACGCACACUGAUUUCAUUUCCUGUAUCAAGUCUAUUUCAGCUCAUUUGUGUUUCCUUCGUCAUUGUCUGCUUGUCACCUGGAUUUAUUGCUAUUGUACGUUUGCUUUUCAUUUUCUACAAUUUUUCAUGUUUUUUUUCUCACCUGCUUACAUCUUCAGCCUCUAGUUCCUAUUUAGCUUCUCCUCAAUGUUAUAUCACACUUUGUACAUAAACUAACCUUGAAGUUAUCUGAUAUCUCAUGUUCACUGAAACCUAAUCAUACAGGGAAGUCCCCAUCCUUCCACUGAUGCAGAUAUUGAUUUUAACUUUGUUUUUUUUAAUAGCAUAUAUGCAAUUUUAAUAGGCAUAUCUUUGACUUGGGUAGCCUGACACUAGAAUAAACAUUCAGUGGGGAUAGCCAGCAAAUGUGUAGGCUUUGUUUCUGAAUGUAAUCCUUUAACAACCUAAAUGAUUGCGAAAACCUGCAGGAAAUAACUUGAACUAUGUCCCAUGCCUACUGGUAAUAUUUAGUGUGCAAACAAGUCUUACUGGCUUGUUAAAAUGUUCUUGACAAACAUACACACUUUUCUUGCUCUGCGACCCCUCCUUCCUGUCCUUUAGACAACACACUGCUCUAUCGUAUAGGAGCUGUUUCCACACACACAAUUAUAUUAUUAAAGAGAGGGGGCUUUUUGUUGAGGAUGUCCCUGAACAUGAAUUCAUUUUCAUUAUAUCAUAAAACAUCAGGAAACAUUCAUGUAAACGACAUCAAAGUAAACCUAUAAGUACAAAUUAUGUUUCAGAGGGAGGAACUGGGUGCUUCACCUCAAAUAUAAAGUUAUGGGUGGCAAUAAGUCGGUACAGCUUCAUAUUAAAUUGGAUUAUAGAAAGGACAAGCAUUUUAUGGUGUGGCUUUUUAUAUACAAAGCCAAAGAUCUAUGGUAUUCAUUUUCACAGAAGACAAUAACAAUCAACUUUGCAAACGUGUGACUUUCUCAUUAAGAUUGACUUAUUUACAUUUUAGGUCAAAUGAUAUUAAAAUGACCUUUUUUAAAAAAACAAUACUUGACAGAAUAGUGCAUCCACUCUAUCUGCUCUUUCCAUCAGGUUCUUCAUCCACAAUGAUGAAAAUAUUCAAAUUGUUGUUCUUUUUUUGAUCUGUUAGGACAUCCCAUCAAUCAAAGGUAUGCAAGUAAUUGUUGUACAUGUUCCCCUAACUCAAUAUGCAAAUAACUGAAAACUGCAUUUUUGGUGUCUUGGAAAGCCUUGUAAUUUCCUGUAGAACUAGAAAUACAGUUGAACUAAGUAUGGCUAUGCAUUCUAAGUUUACAAGAGGAAAUUCCUGUAUUAAGAUGUCACACAAAAGUACUAUAAUUAAGUGACAUCAGUUUGUCAAAUCAAACUCAUUCACAGUGUGUUGAUAUUAAAAUAUUGUUUACCUCUUAUGAAAUUGUGACUGAUAAAGUGUAUGUCUUCUCAACACUUUAUUGAUUAAAUUGCUUCCAAACAUAUCAGUGAAAAUGAAAUAGGAAUACAAAGAGGAAUGUGUCUGAAAACUAAAUUAUUCCAACUUAUUUGAAAACAGUGUAUUUGGACUACCCUUUCUACUGCAAGCAGGCCGUGAUCAGGCCUGAGAUUUCAAUGUUUAAGUGCAAUUAUAAGAUAGACUUUUAUGAGGAAAUAAAUUGUUUUUUUCAGUUUCA